AUGGCUUUUUUCAAACAACCCCUGUCUACGGGUUGGACGUUCAAGGAUCGGGAUGACGAGACACCGGAGGCAUGGAUGCCCGUGCGGGCAGUGCCUUCCACGGUGCAGCAGGAUCUCAUCGAAAACAAAAAGCUCGAGGAUCCUUACCUAGGCUUGAACGAACUCAAGGCGCGCUGGGUCAACGAGAAGACAUGGGUGUAUCGGCACGUUUUUCAACGACCGGAAAUCCCGGCUGGUGCGACCGUGGCGCUGGUAUUCGACGGCCUGGACACUUUAGCCACAGUCAGGCUCAACGGCGAGACAAUCCUCGAGUCCAACAAUAUGUUCCUAGGCUACCGUGUGGACAUCACAGAGGCGCUGGGGUUGUCCAACAGCACAAACGUGCUGGAGAUCGAAUUCGAUUGCGCCCUGCUCAAAGGAAUCGAGAUGCGUAACAAAGACCCGGGCCAUAAAUGGUGCGGCAUGUUUGGAGAUAUGGGCCGCUUAGCGGUGCGCAAGGCCCAAUACCAUUGGGGUUGGGAUUGGGGUCCAGUCAUCAUGACAGCUGGUAUUUGGCGUGAGGUGCGACUGGAAAUCUAUUCCGCACGAGUGGAAGACCUAUGGCCACAGACAAACCUCGCUGCUGACCACAAAACGGCGAGUAUUACGGCAGCUGCUACAAUUGAUGCGGGUAAUCCUGAAGGCUGUGUCGCUCGCUUCCAUUUGUCUCUGCGUGGACAAGAAAUCGCCAGCCAGGAUAUCCCCGUUAGCGCCGACAAAAGUGCCCAUGCUACUUUUGAGGUCAGCAAUCCAGAAUUGUGGUGGCCACAGGGUUACGGCCCUCAGACCUUGUAUGAAGUGUCGGUAUCACUUUCGUGCAACGGAAACGAGCUACACCAGGUCUCUAAGAAAAUUGGCAUUCGAUCCGCAGAGGUCAUUCAGCAACCGGAUAAACAUGGAAAAUCAUUCUUUUUCCGAAUCAACGGAGUGGACAUUUUCUGUGGAGGUUCUUGCUGGAUCCCUGCCGACAGUCUGCUCUCUAGUAUCAGCGCAGAGCGAUACCAGAAAUGGAUCGAGCUCAUGGUGGCAGGUGGCCAGGUGAUGACCAGAGUAUGGGGCGGCGGGAUCUAUGAAGAUGAUGCUUUCUAUGACGCUUGCGAUGAGCUCGGCGUGCUAGUAUGGCAAGACUUCAUGUUCGCUUGCGGCAACUACCCAGUAUGGCCUGAGCUACUAGAUUCUGUACGACAGGAGGCGGCAUAUAACAUACGCCGAUUGAGACAUCGUCCUUCAAUUGUGAUCUACGUUGGCAACAACGAAGAUUAUCAAUUCCAGGAGAUGUCGGGACUCACUUACAACUACGAAGAUAAGGAUCCGGAAAGCUGGCUGAAGUAUGACUUCCCAGCGCGCUACAUUUACGAAAAAAAUACUUCCAGAAGUGUGUGGCAUGGAACUCAGGAGAAAUACCAGAUCUUUGACACUAUGGGAGGCCGCUUUAACAGCGAGUUUGGGAUGGUAGGCUUCCCGCACAUGUCGACAAUCGAGUACUUUGUGCAAAACGAGAAAGACAAGCACCCACAGUCACAGGUUAUGGACUUCCAUAACAAGGCCGAUGGCCACGAGAGGCGACUGGCGAUAUAUUUGGUGGAAAACUUACGCAUGGCUACUGAUCUGGAGACAUACGUCUACCUCACGCAGGUCGUCCAGGCCGAGACGAUGAUGUUCGGAUAUCGUGGGUGGCGCCGCCAAUGGGGCGAUGACCGAAAAUGUGGUGGAGCGCUCCUAUGGCAGUUAAACGACUGCUGGCCCACGAUCUCAUGGGCCAUUGUGGACUACUUCCUGCAGCCAAAGCCCGCGUAUUACACAGUUAAGCGCGUGAUGCAGCCGGUUACGAUCGGCGUACAACGUGCCCAUCACGACUGGAGCGUGGUGCACGCAGAACCCGCGAAACAGAGCAAGUACGAGGUGUGGGUUGCUAGCAGCCAACAGGAAGUCCUACGUGGAACUGUCGAGCUACGAUUCUUGUCCGUGGAGACUGGAAAGGACCUGCGCGCCCCGGCUGUCUUUGAAAACGUGACUAUUUCAGCUAAUGGUACUUCCGAGAUCACAAGCGGCAUCCUUGACCAUGUCACCCAGCCCGAGCCACAUGUUCUAGCCGCGCGGCUUUGGAUAGACGGCCAGAUUGUGGCUAGGGAGGUUGACUGGCCACAGCCGUUGAAGUAUCUCGAUUUUGCUGAUCGCGGACUAGAAGUGAAGACGCAGCCAGGAUCUUCAGCUGGACAACGGCUCCUGGUAAUCAGCUCACGGAAGCCGGUGAAAUGUCUUGUCUUUGAGGAGCGGGAGAAUGUGAGGAUCAGCGACAGUGCUAUCGAUCUUGUCCCGGGAGAUGAGCAGAUAGUGGAGAUUACGGGCCUAAGCGACAGCGACCCACCGUUGGGCUAUCGUUACCUCGGUCAAUAG